ACACCAGUGCAGGGCUGUGGGGAAGGAGGAGCCGAUGAACUGGGUCACAUGGUCGCACACUGAUCGCUACUCGAAACAGUCACUGCAAAAACCAGUUCUUCACAACGCCACCUUUCCCCGUGCUAUCUCUGAUAGGAAAGCGCUAUACUUCUAGAUGUGGCUCAAUUACACUGAAGGCAGACGAGCAACAGCUUUUUCUUUUUUGACACAAAGAAGCGACCAACACCUCUGAGGACGGAAAAACUGCCCGUUCAGCGUCGUUGAAGCCAGUCUCUGAAAACUUAACCGCGUCGGUUUGAUAUGUUAGAUAGCCUCCUGUGAAAUUAUAUCUUCUCUCGUCUCGUCUGUCACUGUCAACCGACCGUAACGUCUGUGGUCCUUUUAUCAGGUUAAGCGUCGUGAAUUUUAAAUGUUGUAGCUUUAUAGCCACUUUCUCAACCGGGAGCAAUCAGCGACUUUUCAGUUGCUGACCACUAAAACAGAAAAACGGCUUCAGCACUGAGGUAGCAGAGGAGGAGGAAAGCCCCCCGAAACACCUUGGAAAUGGAGUCGACCAAAGCUGGAGGCGUAAUAGCCUACAUCAGCUCGUCCAGCUCUACCUCCAGCCCGGAGUCCUGCCACAGCGACUCCUCCAACGGCAGCUACCAGUCAUCCUCCCCACCCCACGGCUCCUCGCCCAGCCGCCGCCAGCUGGGUCAGCCGGCUGACCCCACACUGCCCGCCGGGGGCCAAAGCCUCCCUGGGACUCAGAAAAAUGGACGAUCCUCCUCCACUGCAAAAUGUGGCAUCACAAAAAUCAACGGCCUGGUGCUGCUGUGUAAGGUGUGCGGCGACGUGGCCUCUGGUUUCCACUACGGCGUCCAUGCCUGUGAGGGCUGUAAGGGCUUCUUCAGGAGGAGCAUCCAGCAGAACAUCCAGUAUAAGAAGUGCCUUAAGAACGAGAGCUGCCCCAUCAUGAGGAUCAACAGGAACCGCUGCCAGCAGUGUCGCUUCAAGAAAUGCCUGAUGGUGGGGAUGUCCAGAGACUCUGUGCGCUUUGGCCGCAUCCCCAAGCGUGAGAAACAGCGCAUGCUGCUGGAGAUGCAGAGUGCCAUGAACAACAUGAUGAACAACAGCCAGCUGCACAGCAGUCAAGAGCUGCCCAUCGCCAAACCGCUGCCAGCCUGCGCCACUGAACCUACCUCUGGGGACACUGGCCCCACCCCCUCCUCCUCUCCAUCCGCCUCACCACGCUCCAGCCAAUCAGACUCCAGCUCUGAUCCGGAACCCACUGUGGCCAUGGACACCAGCCCCAGCUCAGCCUCGCCCAGCGCAUCAGACAGCGGGGAGGAAGAGGUGAUCGGCUCGGUGACCAGGGCCCACCAGGAGACCUUCAUGUAUAACCAGGAGCAGAGCAGCCUGACAAGCGAUGCCCCGCCCCCCUCGGGCCUGCAGAACAGUGGUGUCGCCAAAAACACCGUUAACCACCGGACAGAGGAGCGGCAAGACGUCUGGAACCACCACAACAACCUGGUCACCAUGGCAGCCCAGGACCCCCCCUCCAGCCUGGGCCCUCAGGGUCCGGAGGUCAACAGCAAUGGCAGCCACUGCCCCUUCAGACUGUCCAGGAGCGCUGCCACCAGCCACUGUCCCGCCUACACACACGGAGCUUUCAGAGCUCCGGCCAAUGAGGACCCCGCCAAUGGAGCCUACAGUGGGCCCCUGUGGAGAGGUGGCAACAGGAUGCAUCUGGUUUGUCCCAUGAACACGUCUCCUCACGUGGACCCUCAGAAGUCUGGCCAUGAGGUUUGGGAGGAGUUCUCCCACAGCUUCACCCCGGCUGUCAGGGAGGUGGUGGAGUUUGCCAAGAAGAUCCCAGGCUUCAGAGACCUGUCCCAGCCCGACCAGGUCAGCCUGCUGAAGGCUGGCACCUUUGAGGUGUUGGUGGUUCGCUUUGCCUCACUCUUCGACGUGAAAGACCGCACCGUCACCUUCCUGGGUGGGAAGAAGUACAGCGUGGACACUCUGAGGGCCAUGGGCGCCGGGGACCUCCUCAACUCCAUGUUUGACUUCAGCGAGAAGCUCAUCAACCUCGGCCUCAGCGAGGAGGAGAUGAGCCUCUUCACUGCAGUGGUUCUGGUGUCUGCAGAUCGCUCUGGCAUCGAGAACGUGAACUCAGUGGAGGCCCUGCAGGAGACGCUGAUCCGCGCCUUGCGAAGCCUCAUCACCAAGAACCACCCCAACGAGUCAGCCAUCUUCACCAAACUGCUGCUCAAACUGCCCGACUUGCGCUCCCUCAACAACAUGCACUCUGAGGAGCUGCUGGCUUUCAAGGUCCAUUCCUGAAGUAGUACUUGACCCCCAGACACAAACUUAACGCCAGUGAGCGGACGUGGACCACCGUCUCCCCUCACCUCCCACUCAAAAACCACACCUGCACCUCCACACUUCUCCCAUGAGGCUUUGGGCCCCCGACGGUUCUGUUCCUUCUGUCUAUAAGUUGAACUAAAGCUCAAAGCUGUCAUUAAACGGGGGGGGGAAGAAGACCAUAAAAUGUCCUUGUACUGUACUGUAGGGCGUAACUGCCUGUGUGAUGGUAAUGCAUACAUACAGACACACUGAGUGAUGUAUAUGUUUCUUGUGUUUGUGUGUAGCAUACUGUACCUUAGCAACUGUACAAAUGUUAGAAGCACUUUUCUGUAUAGUGUAGACUGGUAUUUUUGCAUUCAUAGUGCAAUAUGUGACUGCUUUUUGAUUUGAGCUGUAUAGUGAGGAGUCAAGAAACUUACGGCAGACAUUAAUCAUUGAAUAGGUGCUGUGUUCAUGUGAUGGGAGAGAGUUGUAAACCUAAAACCCCCCUGGACACCGAAUGACUGAUGAGGAGAAUCCUCUUUAAAAACAAACAAACAAAGCAGAAGACAAUGAGAGGAAUGUGGACAUGAAGCUGCUACAAGUUCCAGCUUUCCAGUUUGGUCGUCAGAGAAUGUUGUUUGUAUUUGAAUGAAUCUGGAGAGCAAAAUAAGGUGAUCUUCUUAUUUCAUGCUUUUCAUGCAGUUGUGUACGUGCUAUGCUGUGUUUUUUUGUCAGUUGCGUGUCAUUUUUUUUCUAAAUUAUUUGGGCAUUGUGACAAAUGUAUUCAGUGUCACUCUAUUGCUUGCAAUAUCUGAUUUCCACACAUACAGAUCAGUGGAAACGGAGACACUGAACCAGUGAAGUCUUGGACUUGUUUCAGCAUCUCGGAGAUACAUUUUCACCUCUCUUAUAUUUUCCUUAAAGAAAAAAAACUUACAGGUGUUAUUUCUGAAAUCCCAGUGUCUUCUGUCCCGCCUGUCCCGGGUCGCAUCAAGACACCCGAUGUCGCUGUCAUGACUCCGGAUGGCAGAGAAACGUUGCUCUGGUGUUGCCUCACAGUCAGUCACCAGCAACUCCCACUUGCUUGAAUAGACUUUUUUUUUUUUCCAUUUCUGUUAGACAAACUGUACAGACUUUAGUUGAGUAUAGUUAAACUGAAUAGAUAGGAUUAUCCACAUAAAAUAUGAUUGUAUUAUUACUGAAACGAUUGUAAUUUAAAGAAUAAGCUGAGUCGAGGUGACAGCUGA